AUGGACAUGACGGAUCUCUCGCCCAUCAUGGACGAGAAGAACAUGAUGUUCGCACAGCACCCCGGCGCCGGCAUGUACAAGAUGGAGAACGGCUGGCACACGCCCACCAGCAUGGAGGGUGCCAUGACCAGAAACCCCUCCAUCUCUUCAGGGCUCGCCCUCUUGGGCGUCGACGACGCAACACCCAGAGACCACCAAGAUCCCACCGCCGAUAUGUACGGAGGCGCCAUGCCAUGGACUCCUCCCACCGAUUUCUCCGCCGCUCCCUACCCCGAUAUGACCAUGGCCACUGCACACAUGCCCCCACACCACCACCACGGCCGCUCACAGUCCAUGGACAUGGCCAUGGCCGCCCACAUGACGCCCUGGGGAGACGCAGCAGCACAGCACGAAGGCAUGAUGCAAUAUCAAGCAAUGCCCACGCCCAACAGCAUGGCGGCAGCAGCAUAUUUCCCGAGCCCGUCAACCACGCCCAACAUGCGCCCCGCCGUCAGGCACAAGUCCUCGAAUUCGGGGGGCGGCGGUUCUUGCACCUGCUUCACGGUCUGCCUCCAGUCCCUCCAGGCCCUCCACAACGCCUCAUCUCCCUCCGCGCCACCAUUCGACCUCGUCCUCUCGCUCAACCGCAAGGCCGUCGAGGGAUGCGCCUCCAUGCUCUCCUGCAACCGCUGCAUGAGCCGCUCGGGCACGCACACCGCCGCGAUGCUGCUGGCCACCGUCAUCGGCAAGAUCACCAGCUUCUACAAGAACGCCAGCCACACCUACUUCGAGAACGGCAGCGGCGGCAGCGGCAUGAUGGGCGGCAUGGGCUCCUCCUCCGUGGCGGCGGCGAUGAACCAGCUCAACAGCCCCGGCGCCGUGGCCGUCGGCGGCCUCGGCGUCAGCCUGGGCGCGUACACGCUCGGCGGCGAGGACGGGCGGUGGCUCGAGCUCGAGAUCCUCAACCGCGAGCUGCGCAAGCUGGAGGAGGUCUACGCGCAGUUCCGCGAGGUGUGCGCCGAUCUGUCCGAGGACCCAGAGGUCAGCAAGGCCAUGAUUGGCUACCUGGGCCACAACCUGGGCACCACCCUCGAGGUCGUCAGCCAUCGCAAGGGCGACAUGAGCUAUGCUUAG